CACCCCCCCCGCGACUACGAUGGCUUCGACUCUCGACGCCGUCAAGGCCAAGAUCGAGGAGGUCCUACCGACCAGAAGGGCACAAGCCGAUUCUACCAACGCGAUCUACAUUGACUUGGACGCUGGCAAGGACGAGGAGGGCGCAGAUGGCUCAGAGGCAAAGCCGUACAAAUCUUUGGGUUAUGCCUUCAUCCAGCAUGGCGGCGCGGAGAACAAGUCAUAUCUGCAGCGCGCGUCUGUUACGGGUGCCGUGAGCGCGGAUGGUGAUCCAUCUGAGCGAUUGGCGUGGAAGGAGCCGGCGAAGAGCGCCGUGAAGAAGGCCCAGAAUGCGCUCGACCAGCAUAAGAAGAAGUUGGUUAAGCAGCAGCAGAUUGCUGCUGCCGAGGCGGAGAAGGAGCAGCAGCGCCUCAACAACCUUGAGGAUGCUAAGAAGAUCAUCCUCACGGAAGACGCGUCUCUGCCAAAGGCUGUGAGAACUACAACCGGCGAUAAGAAUAUCAAGCUGGGAGAGGGGGAUGUCAAGGGGGCACGUGUCAAGAUUUGCGGACGCAUCCACAGAUUGAGACAGCAGAAGCAGGCUACAUUUAUAACCCUGAUUGAUGGAUAUGGUCACAUGCAGUGUGUCCUUACCGGCGACCUGACCAAGACCUACGAUGCUCUGACAUUCGCCCAGGGCACCUCGAUCGCCCUGUUUGGUGAGAUGCGCAAGCUCCCAGACGGAGCCACUGCCCCAGACGGCCGUGAGCUCCAGGUCGACUACUACAAGGUCAUUGGUUCCGCCCCAAGCGGCGACGAUGCCAUCACCAACAAGGUUUCCUCGGAGAAGAACAUGUGGGACGCCCAGAUGCUGGAUAACAGGCACCUUGUCCUCCGUGGCGACAACGCGUCCUCCGUCAUGAAGGUCCGCUCCGCCGUUGAGUGGGCAUUCGCAAAGGCCUACAAGGACCUCAAAUUCACAAAAGUCAGCCCACCGGCGCUGGUCCAGACCCAAGUCGAGGGCGGCUCCACGCUAUUCGAGCUGCCUUACUACGACGAGAAGGCCUACCUGACUCAGUCAUCCCAGCUCUACCUCGAGACCGCCAUCCAGAGCCUCGGCAACGUCUACUGUAUCGAGAAGAGCUUCCGCGCCGAGAAGUCGCUCACCCGUCGCCACUUGGCUGAGUACGCCCACGUCGAGGCCGAAAUGGACUUCAUCGAGUUCGACGACCUGCUCGGCCACCUCGAGUACAUGAUCAGCACCGUCAUCGAGACCAUCCUCGCCGACCCCGAGAUCGCGGGCUACAUCAAGGAGCUCAACCCCGACUUCAAGGCGCCCGCGCGCCCAUUCAAGCGCAUGCGCUACUCCGACGCUAUUGACUGGCUCAACGCCCAAGACACCCCCAUCCUCAACGAGGAGGGCAACCCCCACGUCUUUGGCGACGAUAUCGCGGAGGCUGCUGAGCGCAGAAUGACGGAUAUCAUCAACCUGCCCAUCCUCCUCACGCACUUCCCUACCGCUAUCAAGGCCUUCUACAUGAAGCGUGACCCUAACGACCCCCGCGUCACCGAGAGCGUCGACGUCCUCAUGCCCGGAGUUGGUGAGAUCGUCGGCGGCUCAAUGAGAAUGGAAGGCUAUGAUGAACUGAUGGCCGCGUACGAGCGCGAGGGCAUCCCGCCAAAGGAGUACUACUGGUACACCGACCAGCGCAAGUACGGCACCUCCCCCCACGGCGGCUACGGACUGGGCCUAGAGCGCUUCCUCGCGUGGGUGUGCAACCAGCACUCCGUCCGGACGUGCUGCCUGUACCCGCGCUUCAUGGGGCGCUGCAAGCCGUAGUUUAGUUGAGAUUCGGAGCAAUGUCCCGGUCCAUGCGUCGCGCUUUCUUUGUGGGUGUUGUGCUGGCCCCGUCCGUCGUCCCGCUAGCCCGAGCCGUGGCAUGUUGGUUGUGUGUGACGCAACGGAAUGCUGUCGUGGCGAUUGGGGGGGAGUGAAGGGACGGCAUGAUUCGUGGUUGAUUUAUCCAUUAUACAGUAGUCAAAGAGAUCUGUUGGAAUCUUUGUG